CACGGAGGAAAACAUAAGGAAAGGCGGUUCGAAUACCAAAUAAAGUUGGCCUUUGGGCUCCGUAUUUCUCAGUCUCUUAUCACUGUCGUCUCUCUCUCUCUCUCUCGGCUGGGGCUUUGGGAGAUUCGGAGCACAACUUUCAGGAUCAGUCGGUCACCGACGGUAAGGUAGCCGUCAUUAAGACAGCAGCUGAAAGAUAAAUACCCGGGAAUGUUCAAAGAUGUGCUUGCUUACGAAAUCCUUUCCCAUAGUUAACGAGAGAGUAGUUCCAUCUGUUGUGGCUCUGCUUUUUUAUAUAAAUGGUCAGAAUUCCUUGAAAUGGGAUUCAUUCUUUGAGCUCACACACAAUAAAUUAAAUAGUACAAUAACCUUUGUCACGUUAGAUCAUGAGAUUGUGGAGGAUGGUUGAAAGCUUAGUCUCUUAAGUUCUGCUUCUCUAAAUAUUAAAACUCAGUUUAAGAGAAGAGUGCUUAAAUUGUUCUGCUGCUUGACGUAAAUCUAUCAAAUAAUAAUGGUGAAUAAAGGGUGUUUAUUGUUGCAUAAGUACGAACUUGGUAGAUUAUUGGGACAAGGAACUUUUGCGAAAGUAUACUACGCCAAGAAUGUUAUUACUAACCAAUGUGUUGCUAUAAAAAUGAUUGACAAAGGAAAGGCGUUCAGGGCCGGGCUAAUGGAUCAGAUCAAACGUGAGAUAUCAAUAAUGAGAUUGGUGAGGCAUCCAAAUAUUGUACACUUUUAUGAAGUCAUGGCUACAAAAAACAAGAUUUAUUUUGUGAUGGAAUAUGCCAAAGGAGGUGAGCUUUUCAACAAGAUUGCUAAGGGCAGGCUUGAGAAGGAUGUUGCAAGAAAAUACUUUCAACAGUUAAUCAGUGCAGUUGAAUUUUGUCACAACAGAGGUGUUUAUCACCGUGAUCUAAAACCUGAAAACCUCCUCCUGGAUGAAGCUGGUAAUCUAAAGCUCUCAGAUUUUGGUUUGAGUGCUCUUGUGGAGUCUAAGAGGCAGGAUGGUUUACUGCACACUACUUGUGGAACUCCAGCUUAUGUUGCUCCUGAGGUGAUUGGGAGGAAAGGUUAUGAUGGAGCUAAAGCUGAUAUUUGGUCAUGUGGGGUGAUUCUCUAUGUACUCUUAGCUGCUUAUCUGCCUUUCCAUGAUACAAACUUGAUGGAGAUGUACAGGAAGAUCGAGAAGGCUGAAUUUAGAUGUCCAUAUUGGUUUCCUACUAAAGCGCGGAAGUUGUUGUCAAAGAUCUUAGACCCAAAUCCAAGUACCAGAAUCCCAAUUGUUAAAAUUAUGUCACAUUCAUGGUUUAGAAAGGGAUUUGAAGCUGAGUCAAAAGAAAAGAUUCCUACUGCUCUUAUCUCAACUUUUAGCUCCAGUGGUAGCAACAGUCAGGUUGAGCAAAAAGAGGAUAGUAUGAAGGCAACAAGCAUGAAUGCAUUUGAUAUAAUCUCUCUUUCUGAUGGAUUUGAUCUUUCCGGUUUAUUUGUGGAGCUUGACCGCAGAAAAGAAGCACGUUUCACUUCUUGGCUGCCUGCAGAAGCCAUUAUCUCAAAGCUCGAGGAAGUUGCCAAAAGCCUGAAGUUUAAAGUGCAGAAGAAGGAUGGUGGGAUCAUGAAAAUGGAAGUAACAAAGAAAGGAAGAAAGGAUGUUUUAGCUAUUGAUGCUGAGAUAUUUGAGAUCACCCCUUCAUUUCACAUGGUUGAGCUGAAGAUGACUGAUGGAGAUACUCUGGAGUAUGAGAAACUCUGUAAGGAGGAUAUUAGGCCUGCCCUUAAAGACAUAAUUUGGACUUGGCGAGGUGAUCAAGGGUAUUUACAGCAGCUGCAGAUUUGAUUAUAUAGUGAAUUUUGUUGCUUUCUAGUACUUCUCUGUUGUUGUUAUUUGUUGUUGUCUAGCUUAUAAUAUUGCUCUAUGGAUCUUUUUUACUUUGCGAGUUUAUAUCAACGAGAGCCUCAUAGAUAGAUUUGGUUC